UUGCAGCUCAUAACUUCGCACUCUCCUACUGGGACAACUGAACUCCAUUAAGCUGUUACUAUCAUGCCUUUGAAAGUUCUUGUGGUCUGCCUCGGCAACAUCUGUAGAUCACCCAUCGGCGAAGCCGUCUUGCGCCAAGUCGCGUCUGAGCGUGGCGUAGACAUCGAAGUGGAUAGCGCAGGUACAGGAGCAUACCAUGUCGGUGAAGAGCCAGAUGAACGGUCCAUCGCCACUUGCGAGAAGCACGGCGUCCCAAUAUCGCACGCAGCACGUCAAGUCAAAGCUUCGGACUUUGAUAAAUUCACGCACAUCCUCGCCGCCGAUGAGUCCAACCUGCGCAACCUCGAGCGUAUACGACCUCGUAACUCGACCGCGGACCUCAAGCUCUGGGGAUCCUACGCGUCGGGCAAUAAACCUAUCGCGGACCCAUAUUAUGGUGGCAUAAACGGGUUCGAAACGACAUUCGUCCAGUGUCAAAAAUUAUCGCACGCUUUCUUGGAUGCUAUUGUCGGGAAGCAGGAACCGGAGACUUCAAGUCUGUAAGCUUUCUCAAGCUCUGGUAAAAGACAAAAUUAUGAUUGUACAAGGUCGAGACGAAAGAGGACAAUAGACAAGAGAGUAGUUUGAUGAUGUAUUCAAAGGAAACUGUUGGCUCAACGAGAC